AUGGCCUUGUUUAAAAUUUUCAUUUCUGCUUCUGCUCUAGUCACUGCGACUGCACUUCCUGCUCCCUACGACCACCAACCCGACGGAUACGUGGGGUUGCAUGUUCGAACCCUCGGUGAUGCCGCUGCGCAGUGCGGUAACCACCAGCAAAUUUCUUGCUGCAACAAGGGAAAUAGCGCUGGUACCUUGCUGGAUGGACUCCUGGGAGGAAACUGCAGUCCUAUUGAUCUUAGUGUUCUUGCUAUUACAGUUCCUAUUAGCACGGCUUGCAGUAACCAGGUUGCUUGCUGCACUGGCGACCAGAACGGUCUCCUUAACCUCGCAUGUACUAACCUCAACCUCUAA